UCCACGUCCCGGUAUAGAGUGCUCGCUCCUGGGGGCCGACGUCCUGGGAGCAGCGGUUAGCUCACGGGGGGAGGUGGACGCCCGACGGCCCGCUGACGCUUGAAGGAGGGUGUAUUACCGUGGUCCUGGGAGGCCCAGGGAUAGCGGCCAUGGAGGUCGCCCCAGUCUCCCUGGGUCUUGUCCUCCUCUCCUUCUGCUCCCUCUUUAUCCUCGCGAUCGCUCUUGCACUUUGCACCGAAUGUAGAAGGUAUUCAUUUCACAUGCAAGAGAGGCCUAGAAAAGAGAGGACUCCAUCCACGAUGAUUCGAGUGGUGAAUCUGGAGCAAGUCAGAGAGAGCCCGUGGAUUAACAACAUCACAAAAGACGAGGAAGGUGAUUCCUCAGAACCAAUGAAGACAGUCAACGGCAACACAAAGGAAAGGAGAGGAGAUAAAUUUCCAUCAGCCGAAAUCAAUUCUGGUGAAAUAAGCGUGAUCCCCAACGAGGAGCAGCACUCAGAGCCCCAGAGCACCCUGUCCAGAGACGGGACCAGGACUGCAGCAGAAGGGCCUGCAAGCAUCACUGCUCGCCAAACCGAUAUGGCCUCUGUAUCGAUUUUUACCCCACAUAUGGAUGUGGAGACACCUCUGCAAUCCACCCCUUCUCAGAAUCUGACACAGAUCCAGUCCAAGGGGUUUGGUUCCUCAGUUCAGUCUUGCGAAGACCAUGAGACACGAUCUCCCCAGAACCCCAGCAAACCACAGCGUAUGUACGAGAGCAUAGGGGACUUAUGUGAAGCCAAUGUCAACCUCUAUCCCGCUACUGGAGCUUUUGUCAAGGACUGCUUUGAAGACCCCAGUCACCAGGCUGUAGAGGAGGUGACACCUGACUCCAGCCCAGCCAGUCAUGUGUCUAACUUGCAGCACGGGGGGGAUCCAGCUCUAUCAGUCCCGCCUACUCCAACCGAGAUGGUCAGAGAAGGUGUAUAUGGCAGGGGGCUGAAUGACAUGUACGCUCGAGUAAGCAAGAAAGCGAAGAGCCCCACCCCACAACCGCAACUGCCCAAAGAAGAAAGGGAAGAACAGGUUGAACCUCCACCCCCUAUCCCACACAGGGGAUCUGAGGAGUCCUUCAUUACAAUAGAACUGGUAUAAAUGUAUAAACUUCAGAACAACCAAAAUCCACAUGCAGUGAUUCCUCAACUCACAAACACAAUUGGGACCAGAAGUCUAACUCCAAAAUCAUGUUUACCUCUUUUACUAAAGUCAUAACCAAAAUAAGUUACAUAAUACAGAUAUUUCUCCAUUUAGACAUGUUACACACACACACACACACACACACACAUUUCUUAGAUACCAGCAUAAUAAUAAAAUAUCCAU